AUGCAGUUAGAGCACGCAUGUUUUCCUAGUACAUCACAAGAAACCAAUCCCGUUCCGGUGCGCGAGUUGCCACUUCAACCGCAGUCGCCAACAACAGAGCUUUCUCCGAAUAGUGACAUACUUGUAAAUGAGACUCCGUCUACUUCAUUGAAUCGGAACAACCUGGCGCUGCCAACAGUAGCUAAGGUAUAUAAUCGGUAUGGACUAUCAACGCGAUCUGCUGCUGCGGUCGCUUUGGCGGUCUUAGCUGAGGAAGGAUUGGUAUCUUCCAAAGAUCUAAGCCCUGUUAUUGAUAAGAAUAAAAUUCAUAGAGCUGUUUCUAAUGCGCGGACUAAGGCCAGGAAAGAUAUUGAUGCUAUUGUAGAAAAAGCUAUCUACUUUGAUGGACGAAAGGACAAAACACUCAUAAACGAUAAAAUAGGCGAUCGGUACCAUCACAUAGAAGUCUUGCAAAAGCACAUUUCAGUUCUCACAGAGUCGGGAUCUAUUUAUCUGGGUCAUACGACGCCAAGUCGUAACACAGCCAAAGGGAUAACCGAUUCUAUCAUAUCUUUGUUAGAAAGUCAAGUGACUGGCAAUGUCCCCGAAUUAUCUGAUAAUAUUAUGAAGGAACUAAGUACGGAUCAAAAGUAUCUCUACGAAAUGUGUCAUGCUGUGACGACUGGUUCCUGUUCCCUGGAGCUAGCGAGCUGCCAAUCUGGGAAGAUGGCGCAUUCGAGAUGGCUCAUUACUGCCAAUCGCAUACUUAGAUUUUAUAUUAUGUUAGGAACCCCUAAAAAGGGAAAAUCUGAACAACUUCAAGGACCGGUAGAGGCUCCAAAAUGA